AUGGCGGGACGGUGGUUCCUGGCAGCUGGAGCUCCCGCCAGCGGCCAAGCACCGACUGUCACCAAGAGGGAGAGGAAGAGCUUCCCCCCACACACUCAUCAACUACACGGCGCAGCCUCCGAUGCCGACGUGACGAUGAACGGCGUUAUUGAGGCGCUGCACAUCUAUGAUGAGCACAACCAUGCCAUCCUGUCGCAUACGUACACGGGUCGCCCGCUGUCAGCACAGCAUCUCCUACCCCUCUACCUAGAACAUCCCGCGCCGCGCCCGAACGUAUUAUACCUUCCAAACACAAGUCCUCCGACGCUUGUUUUCAGCCUCAAGCACGCCAACCUCCUCUUCCUCGCGACUUCCUCGUCUGAUAUCGAGCCUCUCCUCGUCCUCGAGUUCAUACACCGCAUAAUCGAUGUGUUUGAAGAGUUCCUCGGUGCUCCCUUGCUGGCGCACAAGAUCGAGAGCAACUACGAUGUCGUAGCGCAGCUCUUGAAUGAGAUGUGCGAUGCCGGCAACAUCAACACCACGGAACCAAAUGCGCUGAGGGAUUUGGUCGAGGUGGAGGGCUGGGUAGGAAAGCUGUUGGGGAGCAUCAAUUUACCAGGGAAGCCUGGAAACUUUGGCACAAGCUUCUCAAACUCGAGCGCACCGUCGAUAAUUGCACAAAACACGCCGGCCUUACCCUGGCGUCGAGCCAAUGUACGACAUACCUCCAACGAGAUGUACGCAGAUAUCGUCGAGACUCUUACUGUCACUCUCGCUCCUUCGGGGAGACCACUGGCGGCUUUUUCCAAUGGAACAAUAGCAUUCACCUGCAAAGUGUCAGGCGUACCUGACAUCGUCAUGGCAUUAACAAGUCCAUCGGGCAAACACAAUCUGGCGGGUUUCAUGGACCUACCUGUGUUCCACCCCUGUGUCCGUCUGGCAAGAUGGAAAGAGAGGCCAGGGGAGCUGAGCUUCAUACCUCCAGACGGCCGGUUCAUCUUGGCCAGCUACGAAGUCGACUUGCUCCCGUUCACAAGCGGCAAGAGUGGCAACAUCAGUUCAAAUAAUCUCAAGCUGCCUGUCAACAUUGAGAUGAAAACUGGACUAGGACCGACAGGCUCUGAUUUCGAGAUUCGGCUUCACGUGAAUAAGGUUCUAGGCACAGGAGGUCCGUCUGCACAAAGCCAGUAUGGCAGAGGCGGAGGCGGUGCAGGUCGAGGGUUUGGAGGUCCCCAUGCUGGAACACCUGCAUCGCCGCUGAUGGAGGAUCUUAUCGUUACGGUGCCGUUGCCAGCUGAGGUUAGAAACCUCCCGGAACUACGACCUAGCAAGGGAGACGCGAGCUUCAGUCCUGGUGAGAAGGUUUUGGAGUGGCACAUUCCUACAAAGGAGCUGUCAGUCGGCACUUCUUACUUCGGUCUUAGGUGUACAGUUGUUGGCCAACUGCCUGACGAGGAGGACGAUGAGCUGGACCCUACUGGAUUUGGAUUCGGGAAGUCGUAUGCCUACGAUGAACCCUAUCAAGCAACAAGCCCCGUCAGAGCAAAGAAGACGACGGAAAAGGCCGACGACGAGAAAGAUGCGAAGAAGGUGGCGCAAAACAAGAUGCUGAUGCCCAGCUCAGCCUCGGUGAGCUUCUCGGUGAAGGGUUGGCUACCGAGUGGCCUAAAAGUGGAAAGCAUCUUGAUCGACCCUCGCAAGAGCAAAGGCCUGGGAGAGGGUGUUAAACCAUACAAAGGAGUCAAGUACUUGACAGUCAGCAAGGGCGGUGUAGAAACGCGAUCGGAACCCAGAAAACGCGCUGUAAGAGGUGGUCUUCAGCGCGCAAUCGCGGGGUACUCCAGCGAGAGGUCCAUCGGCCUCGGGACUUCGGUUAGGGGCGGCCACUUGGAGCAUCCGCCAAUUCCAUCUGGCGUCAUGGCAUUGAACGCCACUACCACGUUCCCUAUGCCGCCCCUCCCGGAGCUCACUCCCUCCGCCGAGGCGGCCAACGCAUAUGGGCUGAUGGGCUCGGCAGCCUCGGCAGGAGAUACAUUGCUUCCAGGAGUAGUCGGCGGCAUGCCUCGACGCAAGGGAAGCGGCCGCGGACGGCGCUGUUCUUUCCAGGUCAGUAGACAUGAGGCGAGGAGGGGAACAGAAAGAGGGAUGAACUCGUCUUUGCUGGCGACGGAUGAGCUGACGUUACGCCGCGCAGGCCAAGGAGUGCAGAAGGUUGGCAUGAUCACACCAUGGCUCGAGGCCUUCCCGGCGACGGCGAAGCCCAUCUUGGAGGAGAUUGAUCACUACAUGGGCUACAAGCUCUCCGACAUCAUCGCCAACGGGCCCGGCAAGCUGCUUACGAAGACGCCCAACGCCCAGCCCGCCAUCAUGGCGACCUCGAUCCUCAUCCUCCGCAUCCUUGAGCGCGAGUUCGGCUUCGACAUCCCACAGCGCGUCGACGUCACUCUGGGGCAUUCGCUGGGAGAGUUCGCGGCGCUGGUGGCGGGCGGAUACCUCGAGUUCGAAGACAGCUUAUAUCUGGUGCGCAAGCGGGCCGAGGCUAUGCAUGAGGCGACAAGGCGUGCCAUGGAUGAAUACGGCGGGGAGUACGGCAUGGUGGCUAUAGUGACAGAACCGGAGUACUUGAAGGGCCUGAUCGAGGCUAUACACGACUUUGUGGGACACUCGAGCGCAGGAUCCAAGGGGGAGAGCUCGGAAGACGUCCCGCCGAUAGAACAGGUGCUCAUUGCGAACAUCAACAGCAAGAACCAAAUCGUGUUGAGCGGCAACAUCGAGCGGAUCAAGACUCUUGCGACACACGUUAGGCAGUUCUUAGGGCAUGACCCACGCGCCGUGCGGUUGAACAGCGACAGCCCGUUUCAUAGCCCGAUCAUGAAGCCUGCAGUCUCGGUUGUGAAGAGCAUUCUAAACAAGAAGAGCAGGGUCAAGGGGCGUGAAGGGGAGGAUAUUAUCACAUUCCCGGGCAAGUUGCCCUGUAUAAGCAAUGUCAGCGCGAGGCCGUUCGAGAGCAAGGAGGACGUGAAGGACCUCCUGGCGCGGCAGUGCCUGGAGACGGUGAGGUGGUGGGACAGUAUCAAAUAUCUCGACCAGGAGGAGAAAGUGAGGCGGUGGAUUGGUAUCGGGCCCGGCAAGGUCGGACGCAACCUUGUCGGAAAAGAGGUGGGUAUGAGAGGAAAGGACUCGGUCAAGGGCGGUGGCGUAUGGGCCAUCACCGACCCGAACGAGAUCGAAGAGGUGCUGAAGGGACUCGAGGAUACGGAGCAUUGGUCAGACGACGAUGCCGAAUGA